CUAUAUUUUCCAUAUGCAGUUCAGUAGUGUUUUUGUGGUGCCAAAUAAUUAAACUAUGUUUAAUUUUAGAGUUAUGUGGUCAUCCAUGUUGAUAGGAGUGCUACUGCUGACUUAUGUGACCGUAGAAUGUGUUGACGGGAUAUGCACACAAAAUCCCCUUAAGGUGAACGCAGAAUGUCAGCCAAGUGUUACAACAGUGAGCGGAACACACGCUCCAAAAGCUAUUUGUUCCGGAGCUAUGAUAUUUGAUGAUGAAUUUGACGAGUUCGACUUUGAGACAUGGCAACAUGAGGUCACUCUGGGUGGCGGUGGUAAUUGGGAGUUCCAAUACUACAACAACAACCGCACAAACUCGUUUACAGACGAUGGAAUCUUAUUUAUACGACCCUCACUUACGUCUGAACAGUUUGGCGAGACGUUCCUAACGAGGGGUUACCUCGAUAUAAAUGGCGGAGCACCAGCUGAUAGAUGCACAAAUUCCCAAUGGUACGGUUGCGAGCGUACAGGCACGCCGACGAACAUUCUGAACCCAAUUAAAAGCGCACGCAUUCGCACCGUUAAUUCCUUCAGUUUCCGCUAUGGCCGUGUCGAAGUCCGCGCCAAGUUGCCAGCGGGGGAUUGGCUAUGGCCAGCAAUCUGGCUUAUGCCCGCUUUCAACGCCUACGGAACAUGGCCGUCUUCAGGUGAGAUUGACAUCAUGGAGUCUCGGGGCAAUCGAAUCCUGCUUCAGAAUGGCCUAAACAUUGGUACUCAGGAGGCGGCGUCCACCCUGCACUAUGGACCAUAUCAACAGUUGAAUGGUUGGAAUCGAACGCACUGGGUUGGCAAAAACGAAACUGGUUACGACAGGGAUUUCCACCUCUAUCAACUAGAAUGGACUCAAGAUUAUAUAAAAUUUUGCAUCGAUGACGUAGAACUGGGUAAAGUAGAUCCUGGAAAGGGUGGCUUUUGGAAUUAUGGAGGUUUCGACAGCAAUCGUAACAUACUAAACCCCUGGCGCUAUGGAAGCAAAAUGGCUCCUUUUGAUCAGAAGUUCUACCUAAUAAUUAAUUUGGCUGUCGGUGGAACAAGCGGGUAUUUUCCAGACGGAGUUCAGAACCCCACUCCCAAACCCUGGUUGAACUCGUCGCCGAAAGCUGCUACAGACUUCUGGGAUGCCAAGGAAGCAUGGCUACCCACAUGGGGGCUGGAUAAAAACGACGGAAAAAACGCAGCACUUCAAGUGGACUACGUACGCGUUUGGGCUUUAUAAAUAGUUUAUAUCCCUCGUGACACAGAGGAACUACAAAAGAAUUUGUGCCGAGCAUGAGAGAAAGAGUAAAUCGAGUUUUAAAUAAAUUUCCUCGUUUUAGAUUUUCAUUGAGUAAUUUAUAAAACUGUCUAAUUUUGGGGAAAAGAUCAUCACCAACUAAUAUUUACGAAAUAAAUCUACAUGAUACCAAAAUAAAAUGGGCAUCUGUCUUA